UCAAGUCCCGCGGCGGGUGAUUCAAACGGCCCUCGCCACCCUUUUUGUUGGCUGGGCGACCAUGGCGGCGCCUUCUCCUCCGCAGCUCCCGGCCAGCCGCAGGUCCGAGCCCACCUACCGAGAACAAAGGCGACAAAAAGUUGAAGAAUAUCUAUCAAGAAAAAAGACCUUUUCUGGCGUGCCCAUUCAAGAAAACGAGGGAUUGAUCAGUAGCAGAACUAGGAGAGCAACUACCACUAAACUGCAAGACAAAAUACAGCUCUCAACAUCUCCAAAGCCAGAAAUGGAAAAUAAAGAGAAUACUAAUAAACGAUCAUGGGACCAAUCCAGCGGAACCUCAGAAAAAAAUGUUAUUUUAAACUCUUCCACAGUCACACUGACAAGUUCCAUAUCAGGCACAAACUAUAAUCCUGAAGAUCAUUCUUGCAAGGAUGAAGUCACUGAAGUAAAAUCUCAGCACAUGUCACUUACCAAGUCCUUCAUGCAAAUAAAAAGCAUAAAAGAGAAGCAAUUGAUUGCAGAAAAAGAAAAUUCACGUAUCAGCCUACCAAAGAAACCAGUGCUUGGUACAUAUCGUGGCAAAGUUAUCCAAUCCAAGAUAAACUCCUUCCGAAAAGCACCAAGAAAUGAGGGGGAAAAGAGUUCUUUGACGGACAAGAAGCUUCUCCCUUCUGCCAUCAAACCAGCAGCAAGGUCUGCGUCCACAAGCACAGUGCUGAAGACCGUCAAAGGCACAAACAACCCUAAUUCUGUAAAACCAAACGGUGCCCUCCCAUUGCAGAGCAAACCGUCUGAUAAAGCUGCUAUUAACUCACAGUCCAGCAUGAAGAAAUGGCAACUGGCAUCUGCUGUGGUGCCAAAGAAAGCAGCAGGCCAAAAAAUGAUGGGUGGAAGAGGGUUGCAGCCACCCAAGGCUGCUUCUAACAAUUCUGAUCGCAGAGCGCUAGGAGGGAAGAAAUGUGAAGAUGCGAGAUCCAAAGCUCCAGCAAAACCAAUUCCUGUUUUACCUGCUACAAAGUUGGGAUGGGAGUCUAGAACUAACAGCACCAGAAAAUCUAUUCUGCCAAGAGAGUCAGCACUAGAGAGAAGAGCUCGCCUGGAUGAAUGGAGGGCAUCUAGAGGAAAAGUGAUGAGGAGACCUCCUAUAUCUGUGCUUCUAGGACCCCAGUCUAAAAGCAAAGAACAAGAAUUCUCUUCCGCUGAUUCCUUAGAGGACGUAUUAAACAGCCAAAAGGUCAAAAGCACUCUUGCAGAAUGUCUGCAAUUAAUCGAACAGGGAUGCCGAGGCGAUGAAGCACAUGCUAUGCUGGAAGACCUGACACUGACCACUCCUGGGGCUAAAAAGCUGGCAAAAUACUGGAUCUGCUGUAUGCGUCUUAAACAGAAGGGGCCUCUUGAAAAGCUUAUUGCUGUAUAUGAGGAGGCCAUUUUGGCAGGAGCAAUGCCUAAAGAUGAACUCCGACACACACUAAUAAAUGCUGUGAAAAAUACUGAAAGCUCUCUUAAGUCUGAGGAUGUUUUAGGGGAAACGGUUACAGAAACUCAUUUAAAUGAGGUAGUGGAAGUCAGCAAGGAACCAAAUUCAUCUGUAGAGCAGGUUCAGGUGACCUUCAAGGAUCUUGGCUCUGAUGGUGACCAAGAAGCAGAAAGUGAUGACAAGAAAGCAGAGAUUAGCAGCGAAGUGAUCAAAAAAGAAGAAAUGGAUUUAGACUUUAAACUAAGAGAAGAGAUCUUGCCAAAAAAGUCUAAAAAGCGCAAGACUAAAGAACAUACAAAGAAGAGAGGAAAAAGUGAAACAGAACAGCAAAAUGAGGAUGAGGUAAAAGAUAUAGCCCAAGCAGUUAAUUCUCCUGAGAAGGAGAAUGACACAUCCCAUUUGAUAUGCAAUCCAUCUACCACACCAUACGUGGAAAGUGUGAAGAUGCAGCAUGAGGCAAAUGACUCCAGUGCUAAACACCUGAAAAUUGUGACCCCUUUGCGAUAUUCUCAACGCAUUCGGGAGAAGCUGUGCAAGCUGUCAGAUACUGUUAAAGAUCAGGAUCCGUGUGAACAGGAUCCAUUUGAACAGCUGGGAGAAUGUGAAUCAAAAGCCACUGCAUUUAUCCACAAAGAGAGCAAUGGGCUCAAAGAAACAAGUGCUGAAGUAGAAGAGUAAAAAGUAGCAGGGAUGUUACAUGGGGGUUAAAGGUUGGAUCCUUUUUAAGGAGAGUUGGAGGGGCGUUUGUUUAUAGCAGCUUUCAGAGAGGAACUAUCUAGAACUUAUGUGGAAGGCUUAAGAUGAAAUUUCACUGCCUGAGUCACUAAACUUUUGAAUUUAUAAGUUUCUGCCUUGUUAAAAUGUUGGUAAAUCUGGUCUGGUUUAGUACUUAUAAACAUCAGUGUCUUCAUUUUAAAUGCUUCAUUAAAUAUUGAAUUAAGGACUAGGUUUAACACUUCAUAGAACAGCUUGAUUGUAGUAUAUUGCAAUAUCUACUCUUUUCCUGCAGCAAUUUCUAUAUAUUCUUUUGAAUUACACAAUCUAACUUGUAGUUAAAGGGAAAAAACAUAAUAUAGGUGUUCCAAUGGGGCGAUGUCUACUACAGAAACAUCUAGUUUUUAAAACUGACACCAGCUAGAAGCUGUACACUAAUUUUAAACUGUAUCCGUUUUUGGCAGUAUUUCAACAAAACUGAGUUUAAUUUCUUCAGUUGCUGGGAUCUCCCUUACAAUGAGAUCUGAUACACUAAUUACUAUAUGACUGUUCUGAUGUUGGUUUGCUGUAGUCUGUAAUAUGGUAGACUUAUUAAACUAAUCAACUGAG